CAUCAAUAUUUCACUAUAAAUAAAAAAAUCUCUCUUUUCUCUCUUCCUUUAAAACCUCUUUAGCUCCUCUAUCAUCUCUCACCGAUGGAAUCAAAUAAUGGGUCUAAUAUGAAGGGAAUUAACCAUAGCCCAUCCCAAAAUUCAAUAAACUCAUCAAUAUCUCCCAUACCUAACCAAAAAGCUCCUCUCUUUCCUGGCUUGAUGAAUAGGCAUGCAUUUGAAGUUCUAAACCUAGGGCAUCACUCUUUACCCCAACAAAACCCAUUUUUCUUUACUACCACUACUAGUAGGCUCUUCCCAAACCCUAACGAGAGCUUCUCUCAACGCACAUCCAUAUCGUCUCCAGGCGGUGGCGGCAGCGGCAGCAAUGGCAAUGAUUCGGCGGCCACUGACGACAUAAACAACGUCGAAAUGACUGAACGAAAUCGACGAGAAGGCGCGAAUAAUAGCGCCAACGACACAAGGAGGCUGAAGAGAAUGAUAUCCAACAGGGAAUCUGCUCGGCGGUCGAGAAUGAGGCGGAAAAUGCAGAUAGAAGAGCUUCAGUACUUGGUGAGCCAGUUACAAACGACGAACCGCCAGCUUUCGGAGAAGCUUAUUCAAUUGCUGGACUCCAAUCAACAGAUAGUCCAAGAGAAUUCUCAGCUCAAGGAGAAGGUUUCUUCGCUACAAAUCAUACUAUCUGAUUUGCUAGUGCCUGUCAGGAAUAUUGCGGGUGAAGAUAGCAGAGCCCAGCUGGCUUCAACUACACCCUCCGCUACUGUUAGUUCCAUGCAAUUACUUCAUUAAUGAGUAUUUAUAGUACAUAACUUAUUUUAGAAAGCAAAAAAAAAAAAAAAAACUAUUAAUAAUUAGGUUUAAUCAUCCUGAAAUCCAUUGUUUAUGAAUACCAUUCAUCCUAGCUCAGAAUUAUAAUCAACUUACUAUUUAGAACCAAAUCAUUUUUCAUUUACAUAUAACUACGUACUACGCCUACGCUAUAAUAUUGAUCAAAGAAAGAAAGAAAAAGAACUAUAUAUAUA